AUGUACACGUAUACUUCACGACUGUACCCAUCUGAUUCCCAGUUCUUUGACGCACCCUCGGACCUCUUCUCGUCGCGAGGCUGCUCCGCCGAUCCACUCGACCCAACGGCUGAACUUUACUUUGGGGCUGGAAGCUCCAUCCCACGGGCCUACGUCAGCGAGUCAUUGGUCUUCCGGCGACUAGUCAAAUGGUCACGGAUCUGUGACGCCCCAGAGCCCCACUGUGACGGUCAAGCCGACCCGGUCGAGUCCUCCGUUCACUCCGGAUCCUUUGAUGGCGAGCAGGGCAGCAGGCCUGGUGCGGUGGAGUCGCAGAUGCGCCUGUGA